ACCAUUACCUACUUUUUGGUUGUGCUGAUUAUUAUUUAAGCUCUGUUCAUGGUCGGAAUGGACGUCAAGUUAUACAGCGAUGUGAGGUUUUUUUAGAGCAGUGUUCAUCAUCAUGGCCUUGUCUGAACCUUCUCGUUCUUAAUCCGAUCCAGUGCUCCUCCAGCUACCCUCUUCUAUAUAACUGCUUCACCAUCUUCAUCUUCAAUCUGUUUGAUUCCUCGAGCUCCAUGUGGAGGUGAGGAAUGUCAUCACCUUGAUCGAGUUAUUGUACAAAAUGGUUCUAGAUCCCCCGUCCCUGAUCUCUGGUGCCGCGGAGAAGCUGCGCUUUCAAUUUGAGUACUUGAAUAGUAAUGUGCCUUUGUGUGAAGACCUGGUGAUGGUGAGGAACUUGAUAAACAAAAUAGCAAACAUGGGUGGCCAAGAAAUAUUGUACCAAUUUUGGAACUCAUCACUUGAAGCCAUGAAUCCUCAUUCUCAUGAUACUAGUACUGGAGUUGGAUAUCAAAUUGGAAGUGAUGGCUUAAGCUUCAUAGAGAAUCUGCUCAUGUUAUCAGACUACUCAUCUGCACCAACACGGUUUGUUUUGCUCUACAAUCAUUGGUGCCAGCUUUGCCUGGCCAAGUAUGAAUCACAUGUUAAAUUGGGUGAAAGAGUACCACAGAUGGUAGGAACUAGUCAGAUCAAGUUGGGCAAACCCAUAAUGAGGCCAGAUGGUGACUUCACAUGGCAAAGCAAGAACUGCAGCAUAGAUUGUCUUCCAUAUAGAACCACUUCGUGUAAUUUCACUCCUACAGAUCCAUCGAGUACUUCUCUGAGAGGGUCAUCACUGGUCUUUUUGAUGGGUUUUUAUUUGGUGCCAUAUGAUCAUGGUCAUCAAUGUUCUUAGAUCUCUCACUUCCUAUGACCUUGUUGUCACUGAGAAGAGUUCCCCUUUGCAACUUCAAGUCAUUUGUGGUCAUUCUUGACCACACUACUGUCUGCCCCUGUUGUCCUGAUCAUCAAAAAUGUCAGAAGCAAUAUGAUGGGCAGACUUUUACACAUGUCAAUUUUAUAGCUUUUGUAGUAGUAGCAAGAAUUUGUUUGAUCUUAUGCUUCAAAAUAUAUUUUGUAUUUGUUUAGAGAGACUUUUCUUUUGAGUUCUGAGAUUGCUUCACUUCUGUAUUAUUAAAGUGUGUACUAUCAAUAAUUCUCUGUAUCUCAGUUGAACAUUCAAAAUAUAUUUACAGAAUGGGGUAACAAUUUUCA